AACAAUAACUUUUUUUUUCUGUUUUUUCCGGUGAACAUUCCGGCAACUGCACCGUUGAACCUCGCCGGAAAUGGACGAAUCAUGCAGAAUUGGCAUAGGCUUAAUGCGGGGUCUCCCUCGCCGGCGAUCGGUGGAGAACCGGUCAUCUUCCCGGAGGCAGGGGUCCAUCUUCUCCGGCUCCGGCGUCGCCCAUUCGGAACCGGUGGACGCCGAUGACUUCGCCGACGUCUUUGGGGGUCCGCCGAGAACCCUCCUCGCGCACAAAUUCUCGAGCUCCGGCUCUUUCUACGAGGGAAUUUUCCGGCAGCCGGAGUUCGUAUCUCCGGCGAUGAAGGGUGGCCGGACCUUGCCUGUGUUCAGGAUUCCGGCAAGGAAGGAGAAGUUUUACAGCGACAUCUUCGUGUCGGACGACGAGAGGAAAUCCAGAGAGCGGUCGGGGUCGCUGUCAAUGGCGAAUUCGUCAUCGGUACUGAGCUCCGAGGAGCUAAGCCCUCGCCGGCCGACGGUCGAAGAUGACGUGGCACUGUCUGCUUUUGCUUCAAAGCUGAGUCAUUGCUACAGGCCAAUCAAUGUCCAAUGGAGAUGGAACUCAUCAACUAUGAUGUCUGAGGAUUGCCCUAGUAAACAAAGAGUACCAUAUUUUCCAUGCAAUGCCGAGGCAUUUGAAAUUCAGUAUCAGGAUAAUGAAUACAAGGCAAACUUCAAAAGCCCCCAUUUGGGAUUCUCAAGAAGAGUCUCAUCCCCUGAAACCAUUAGUCUAGAUUCCAAUUCAUAUCAAGGCCUCAAUGCGUUCGUUGAUGAUUGGGAACUCAAUUCCCCGAUUUCAGUUGCCUCUUCGCUUUGUCAAGAACCUGAGGCAAAAAGUUCAGUUCAUGAUAUUAUAGAACAGGGUGAUGAUAAUGAUGACAGUGAUGAUGAAGAUGAAAUUAUGAGCUCCUAUGUCAUAGAAGUAAACUCCAACCUCAGAAGAGAAGAUUGUGAAGCAUCAUCCAUUGAUGAAGCAAUUGCGUGGGCCAAAGAGAAGUUUCAAUCGCGAAGCUCUGAGGAAGAAUCAAGCAUGAGAAAUGAUGGCAGUGAGCAAACUAUUGAAAUAGGAAGCCCAGAUGCAAGUGAAUGUCAUCAAGAUGAAAUUGGAAUAGUUCAACCUCCAAAGAAGCUAGAGACAGACACAGAGAGGUUGGAUAGAGAUAUAAGAUUGUGGUCAUCUGGCAAGGAAACUAACAUCCGGCUACUGCUUUCAACACUGCAUCAUAUUCUUUGGCAUGAGAGUGGCUGGAAUGCUAUUCCUCUUAUGAGUCUCAUAGAAAGCUCACAGGUGAAGAAGGCUUUUCAGAAAGCAAGGUUAUGCCUGCAUCCAGACAAACUGCAGCAAAAAGGAGCAACACUCUUACAAAAGCACGUAGCAGAGAAGGCUUUCUCCAUUCUCCAGGAUGCUUGGGCUGCAUUCAUUUCUCAAGAUGUUUCCUUUUAACCAGUAGAUCAUGACUCUAAUUCUUGAUAACUCAGUUUUGUCUUGAAAGUUUGAAGACAAACACCAAGCUAGAGAUUGGGAGAACGGAAGUGUUUAUUGACAUGCAGCAGAUAUAGUUGAAUACAUGAAAUUUGGAAACAUCAGCUCCUUUGUACAAAUAGUUACUGUCUUACUGAUGGAUCUUCGGUUUUGUUUAUGUCUGUAUCAUGGUUGUUGUUUGGUGCUUUAGUAGGUAUUAUUUCUGAAGUAGUUAACUUAAAGUUAUUUGAUCGGUUUUAGUAUUUUAUUUGUAUAAGUUGACUGGACACAAGAAUUAGUUUCCAAUACUUUUAUGUAUCCAUUCCUCAAAUUUUCUUUA